AUGGCUGCUCAAGAAGGGGCUAUCCCCACCAAGGUUGAGGCCGACGAGAAGGCCAUCAGCGGCCCUCCUGGCUACGAUUCUGGCAGUGGCGAGCCCGUUCGUGGCGCCAUUAGCGAGGAGUCCUGGGCGACUCGCGCCGGCUUGAACCUGACUUCGUUCAAGAAGCGCGAAUAUGGCCUUGGUAUCGUCGAGCUCGACCGUUCCAUGAGCACUCGCCAUCUUCACAUGAUUGCCAUCGGUGGCUCCAUCGGUGCUGGUUUCUUCGUCGGUUCCGGUGGUGCUCUGAGCAAGGGUGGUCCCGGUUCCCUCUUCAUCGACUUCCUUCUCGUGGGUAUCAUGAUGUUCAACGUCGUGUACGCCCUCGGUGAACUCGCUUGCAUGUAUCCCGUCUCUGGUGGUUUCUACACCUAUUCCACUCGCUUCAUCGAUCCUUCCUGGGGUUUCGCCAUGGGCUGGAACUAUGUCUUCCAAUGGGCUAUUGUGCUUCCGCUCGAGUUGACAGUCUGCGGUCUUGUUGUCCAAUAUUGGAACAAGGAAAUCAGUGUCGCCGCUUGGAUCUCCAUCUUCCUCUUCGCCAUCCUCGUCAUCAACAUUUUCGGUUCCAUUGGGUACGCCGAGGAGGAGUUCUGGUCGUCUUGCAUCAAGCUUGGGGCUACGGUCGUCUUCAUGAUCAUCGCCCUUGUCCUUGUGCUCGGCGGUGGACCGGAGAGCGGCAGAUACAGCGAGUACUCGGGCGCCAAGCUGUGGUAUGACCCCGGCGCCUUCCGCAACGGCUUCAAGGGCUUCUGCUCCGUCUUCGUCACGGCGGCCUUUUCCUUCUCCGGUACCGAGCUGGUCGGUUUGGCCGCAGCUGAGGCCAAGAACCCCGUCAAGUCGCUCCCCGGCGCCAUCAAGCAGGUGUUCUGGCGUAUUUCGCUGUUCUACAUCCUGGGUCUCUUCUUUGUCGGUCUGCUGAUCCCGUCCGACGACCCUUCUUUGCUCUCCGAGUCCUCGUACUCUGACACCAAGGCCUCCCCCUUCGUGCUUGUUGGCAAGUACGCCGGUCUCAAGGGUUUCGACCACUUCAUGAACGUUGUCAUCCUCGUGUCCGUCCUGUCGAUUGGUGUGUCGGGUGUGUAUGGUGGAUCGCGUACCCUUACUGCCUUGGCCCAGCAAGGAUAUGCCCCCAAGAUCUUCACUUACAUCGACCGCUCCGGACGUCCCCUGGCGUCCGUCGCAGCCAUUCUCAUCUUCGGACCGUUGGCGUAUGUCAACCUCAGCGCUAGCGGACCUGUUGUGUUCGAUUGGUUGCAGGCUCUUUCGGGUUUGGCGGCUGUCUUCACAUGGGGAUCUAUCUGCCUGGCGCACAUCCGCUUCCGCAAGGCCUGGGCGUACCACGGCCACACUACCGACGAGAUUCCUUUCAAGGCGAUCGGCGGCACUGUCGGCUCCUGGAUUGGCCUCUUCUUGUGCUUCGUCGUCCUUGUUGCUCAGUUCUACACUGCGAUUGCCCCUCCCGGCACGGAUAAGCUGAACGGCGCUGAAGGCUUCUUCAAGUCGUACCUUGCUCUCCCUGUUGUCAUGCUUUUCUGGCUUGGUGGCUUCCUCUGGAAGCGCACCGGCUGGCUUCGCACGGCGCAAAUGGACGUCGACACUGGCCGACGUGAGCUUGACUGGGACGAGAUCCACGCAUACCGCGCGCGUCUUGCGGCGAUGCCCAAGUGGAGGCGUUACAUCAACUACAUUUGGUAA